CCCAAUUCCCAUGAUGGUGUUAUGGAACUUGGGAAGUUCCAAACUGCCAAACACAGGGUUUUUCUAUAUCUGUAUAUCUAUAUAUUAUAAAGAAAGAGAAACAUGUACGCAUUGUCCAUACUCCAAUCUUUGACGACAAUAGGAAACAGGCGAACCCAAUCCCAACCAAUCAGAGCAAUGCGAGCCGUCGUCCAGCGAGUCGCCUCCGCCAGCGUCGAGGUCGAAGGUCGCACGGUUUCCGAGAUUGGGCCGGGCCUGCUCGUCCUAGUCGGUAUUCACGACUCCGAUUCCGACUCCGACGCAGAAUUCAUAUGUCGGAAGGUGUUGAACAUGAGAUUGUUCCCAAAUGAGGCUACUGGCAGAGGUUGGGACCAAAAUGUAAUGCAGAGGAAUUAUGAAGUUCUACUAGUGAGUCAGUUCACAUUGUAUGGAUUCUUGAAGGGUAACAAACCGGAUUUUCAUGUUGCGAUGCCACCCCAGAAAGCAGAGCCCUUCUAUGCUUCUUUAGUUGAUAGGUUCAAGAAUUCUUACAACCCCGACAAAAUAAAGGAUGGCGUCUUUGGAGCAAUGAUGAAGGUCAAUUUGGUUAAUGAUGGACCAGUCACGAUGCAGCUCGACUCGCAGUCCCCCAAAUGAGCACAAACUGCCUCAAUGAGCACCGAAGCUACUCGAUAAUGAAUUAUCAGUGCACUAAUCUCUACUUGAGUUAUGUUGGUUUCAGUAACUUAAGGUUGGUUAACCUUCUAAGGAAUACAGUCCAAGCUGCAGAAGAAUUAUUGGUUGGUCCGCAUAAACUUAACAACAUAUGAAAACUUAUUUCCUUGAAUCAGAUUUUGAAAAAGGCUUGUCCAAUGUAAUACUUGAUUUUUCUGAUUAAAGCAAGCUUUUUAUUCUUUUUUUUAAUCCCCUGAUUGAAAGUUUAGUCAAUUUUAGCUAACACUCGUGUGUGAGAGUGUGGUUUUUAUUU